CAUUGCCAAUCACAUUUUCAAUGUAGUAUUCAUUCAGGCAAUUACAUCAAAUUUAAACACUCAUUUCUAAAUAUAUAUGUACAUUUAUAAGCUACUUAAUAAUGGAUUUUGGCUUAUUUGAAUCCUGCAGACUAGAAGAUAUUCCUGAACGGCGCCCAGAGGAUGCAUGGGAAUUUAAACCUUGUCAGAAAAAGUUUCUUAUGCGCCCGGAAGAUGAAAUAAGUAUAGACAGCAUCAUUUCUGCGUUGCUCUCAAAUAUCGAACCCUCUGAAGAACAGUACAGAAAAUGUCAAUGGGACGUUACGGCUAAAGAAAUGCAUAAUGAAAAGCAGUCUUUACUCUUCGAAGAAAAACUCUAUAUAUCACAGAUUCAAACAGGACCUUGCAAACUAAAUGAGGAAAACAAAAUCUUUCUAGAAAGUGAACUCAGUGACAUUGGUUACAUGAAACUUAGCAUAGAGGAAAGCUAUGAUGGUUAUGUGGUAUUCAGUCGCAGUCAAAUGGCGAAGGGUAGAAGCAGAAGCGUGUGUGGGCAUUGCUUGAGGGGAAAAUAUAGUGACAAAUUUUUAUUAAUCGUGGAGAAACGAAGUGAAUUCGAUUACAUAGACAAGGGCCGAAUUGAGAAAAAUAUGGAAGCCCGAAUCAAUGAAAAUAUUUUGUUAGUUAUUCGUGAAACAAAAAUUAAUGCAGAUUCUCAAAAGUUCAAAGCUGAAAUUAAUGUCAAAGACAGGGAACCAGUAUUUAUUAUGGACGGUGGUAUACAACUGCUAAUGCGCCAUUUGAUAAUCAAUAAUUUUAUUGGCAAAUUUGAAUACUAUACAUUAAAUUUAUACGGAAAAGUGUUGCAUGGUAUAAUCAUUGUAGAAAAAGAACGCAAAAAAGUACGCAUAUUCUAUCGCAACUUCAAUAACGUUAUAGUUGUUAAAAAUUAUAAAUAUUUUAAUGAAGUGGCUGAGGAGAAAUCGGAAACGUACUUUACAUCCAAUGGAAAAAUUGUUUUGCAUUUUUGGCCAAAAUAUAAUUAUUUAUUACAUGCCUUACGCUCCCCUCCGAAGCCGGUUGAACGAAUUUUACCGAAACUGGAAUUGAUGUGGAAAGCUGAUAACUUGCUUUUAAUGCAUUAUCAAAAAAAAAAGAACCUCACAUUAGAAAAUGCCCAGUGCUAUUUACACAACCACCCCGAAAUCGUGGAUUUAUUUUACGAUUACAUACAUAGCUUGCUCCAAAAGAAACCAGAAGUUGUGUUCUCAUUUACAAUAAAAUUUUUCCAAAAUAUGAAGAAUACUUAUUAAGAUUUAUCUUCGGGAUAGUGCAUAUCUUGGACCGCAGUUUAAAUUAAAAUUUUUUCGGAAUAACAAUUAAUUUUUGCUAUUGCUUGUAUAUUUUUCCUAACUUUGGAUCUUUAA